AUGUCUGACCAUCAAUACAAGUUUAACGUCACCAUGAGCUGCAGUGGUUGCUCAGGUGCAGUGGAGCGAGUCCUAAAGAAACUAGAUGGCGUUAAAUCGUACGACGUCAGCUUAGAGUCACAAACCGCUACCGUCACCACGGAAACCUCGUUGGCAUACGAGACAGUGCUGGCCACCAUCAAGAAGACUGGAAAGGCCGUCACAGGUGGAGAAGCGGAUGGCGAAACGAUGAGUGUUUGA